AUGGCAUCGGCUUCGCCGCCUAAGCCAUGGGAGAGAGCCGGUGCUGGUGCUGGCGCAGCAGCUGCCGCGGUUUCAGGCCCUCUUCCCAACACUUCUGCUACGACCACCUCUACCUCUCCCGCAACGACCACCUCCGCUCCAGAUCUCCCCUCACGACCUAGCUCUCUCAAUUCUGUCGUUAGUCAGACAGCCUCAAAUUAUUCCCCAUAUGGCACGUCACGUCUGGGCCAAAGUCCGUAUGGGGGUGCAUACGGUGGCUACAAUAGCUACACGUCACCAUACUCGCGACUUGGGGGCAUGGGGUCGAUGUAUGGAGGAUAUGGUGCGGGAUAUGGUGGUAUGUAUGGUGGCAUGGGCGGUAUGGGUGGAUACGGUGGCAUGUACGGCGGCAUACCGCCAGGUGGAGACCCAAACAGUUUGACAAACUCUUUCAACCAGAGUACGCAAGCCACAUUCCAACUCAUCGAGAGUAUUGUCGGUGCAUUUGGAGGUUUUGCGCAGAUGCUGGAGAGCACCUACAUGGCAACUCAUAGCUCUUUUUUCGCUAUGGUGUCCGUUGCGGAGCAAUUUGGCAACCUUCGAAACACUCUAGGCUCCGUCCUGGGCAUCUUUACCGUCCUCAGAUGGUUCAGAACCCUCAUCGCAAAAUUCACUGGUCGCCCACCUCCCGCGGACGCUACAUCACUCACCCCGUCUGCAUUUGCCGUUUUCACGGGAAAAGGCCAAAUGCCAGCCACUCUUCCUGACGGUUCCCCGGCCCCACCCCGUCCGUCCAAAAAGCCCUUCUUCUUUUUCCUUGUCGCUGUCUUCGGCCUCCCUUACCUUAUGGGCAAGCUCAUCCGCACACUCGCCCGCACGCAAGAGCUCGAAGCCAAACGCAUGAUGAUCGGCCCGAACGGCGAACCGCUCCCAGGCAAUCAACAACAAAACGUCAUCGAUCCUUCGAAGCUCGACUUCUGCCGGGUCAUGUAUGACUACACACCCGAGUCCCAAAAUACCGCUGGGGUCGACCUUGCCGUGAAAAAGGGGGAUCUUGUCGCUGUCCUCAGCAGAUCGGAUCCCAUGGGGAACCCAUCGGAGUGGUGGCGAUGCAGGGCCCGUGAUGGCUCCGUCGGUUACCUCCCAGGCCCUUAUUUGGAAACUAUCCAGCGAAAACUGCAGCAGCAAGCUAUCAUGGUGGGUGCUGAUGCGUCUGAGUCUGUGUCUGCGCCAUCACCUCUAGCUUCGUCGAGGAAUAAUACUGUGCUAGGCGCCACGGGUUCUGCUACUGACGAGCAGCUGAAGCAGAGGGCAAAUAGUUUGAAAGUUACCUACACUAAGCCCGCCCUUAAGGGCAAGAUGGGGGAUAUUUCUCCUGAGAGUUUCCAGAAGAGCACCUUCUAUUCUUGA